CUUCAGUGGGUUUGGAGAGCAUAAAACCAAACCAAACAAAAAGAUAUUUAGACAGUCAGGUAUCCAAGAUGCGGGCUUUGGUGGUUUUGCCUCUGUUACUGUGUGCAGUGGUGUGUAUGCACCAGGCGAGAGCAGAGGUGAGGGCAGUGAAGCUUUGCGGUCGAGAGUUUCUGAGGGCGGUCGUCUACACUUGCGGAGGCUCCCGCUGGAGGAGAUUCUUCACUGAGUCAGACAUGGAUGGUCUGUCCACAGGGGACCAGAGCAGCUCGGAAAGCUAUAGCAAAGGCCCCGAGUUGACCAAAAGAGACUAUAACAAAGUGCUAACUGCCGUGUGCUGCGAGGUGGGCUGCAGGAAGAGCGACCUCACCAACCUCUGCUGACAACAACCGCCUCUUUUCUUCCAUCUCAAACCGACCAAAAUGACUUUCUCCCAUUUUGCCUUGCCUUAAUCACAUUGCUGAUGUUUUAAAACAAUAUAACCAGUGUAUUGUAUGUAUAAUAGUGCUCAUAUCUACAACUUCUACUUGUCUAAUCGCUUUUAAUAUUUUAAUUUUGAAUUGUAAGGUUUGUAGAUGUGAAUGUGGACCACUUGAGCAUCUGUGAGCACAUUUCUGAACCUGCCCUGGAACAUGCACUACCACAAAAAUUAAUUUUUAUAUAAACCAAUUUACAAUAAUUAAGAAACAAAACUUGAAAUAAAUGCACUCAAGGAUAGGAUUAACAGCUAGAGAGGACAGAUAUAUUGUGUGACGCUUAUGUAGCAAGCAUCCACAGUGUUGCAGAUUUGUUUGAGCUCAUUCUAUCAUUUUGCUAUUUUGUUCAAAUAAAUGUUCUUGCACAGGCUUUACAUCCUGUGAAGUGUGAGAUCUUAUUUAAAAUUACAGUCCUGGGCAUUGAACACUAGACAAUGCUUACAAUUUACAGUAUAUACAUGUGCAAACUUUGAUGAUCUGUCACAAGGAGAUACGGUAUUCCUUCAAAUUAAGGGGUCACAAGCAAGUUCCUUAGUUCAUUUCUGAAAAAAAUAGGGCCAUUAUGAUUGUCAUAACAUCAUUACAAAACAAAGUCAAACUAGAAUUACUGCCUCACAGCUAUCUGCCUCGCCAAGCAGUCUAAAUCAUGGGAAUGGGAAAGAUGUGAGGUCACUGACCUUGACCGUGAAAGGUUCCUCAGCUGGGAAAACAAAACCUUGAUUGUUUCUCAGAUUUUUCUCCAAUAUUUGCUUCUUUUCUGUGAAACAUUCUACAGUUGUUUUUAUUCAGCUCUCUAAAAAAAAUUCACAUUACAGCUCAAGAAAAGAAAGUCAUUCUUUGGCUGAACAGCUCGCAACUUAUAGAAAUGCAACAGGUCACAAGCUAUUCCUUCAUAUUAAGGGGGCACAAGCAAUGCAAAUGGAUGGGAACCACUGGCCUACAGUAGUAAGAGUUAAUGCACCAACCAUGAGCAGUGUCCCCUGUUCACACCUGCCUGGGGACUUUUAUUACAUGCCAUUUUUCCUUUCUAUCCCUUUUUCACAAGAAAGACUAAACACAGAAUGACAAAGAAAACCGCAAAAAGAGGCACCCAGUUAUAACUUUUAAUGGUUUUGGAAAGAAGCAAAUUAAGUUUCCCAGUUCAUCUUAUGCAACUGUACAAACAGCUUGCACGUGUUUGAGGUUAACGGUACAGAACCAAUAAGCAUUCUGGCUUAUAGCACACAAACACACCCCCUGCUCACUUCUCAACAUUAAUACAGGUAACUGACACUCAGCACAUGUCAUUUCAGUACUGUUUAUCAUCAUAGAUGCCUCACCAUUGACUGCAGGCUCUGUAUGCAAUAAUUAAUUACUGCAGAACAAAAUCACCAUGAAGAUGAAAAUCUGCAAAAUGCAAGUGUUGUUCCAUUGUUUGAUUAGAAAUGCAAAGAAUAAUCUAACAACCAAGAAACUGGGGAGAUGUUGCUUUGCCUUUCAAGCUGAAAUACAUCUGAGAUGUAAUGUAGUGGUAAUUUAAAACAAAUGCAUGAUGUACGUAGAUAAUGUUAUAGUGACUGUUGUGUCUUCAAGAUUCACCCAGGAGAUAACCACUUUCUCUCAGGCAUGCUGAUCAGUCAACUAGAUGACAGACUGACAAGACUGAAAGGAAAUGUUACCAAGCUAAUGUAUUACCAGAAGCUAAACUGCACCAAUCAUCAUCACUUCACCGAUACAGAAUAAAAUGUCAAUGUUCUUUUAGAUGAAGUCUGCACACAAAAAAUCUGGUGAAGAACAAGAUUUAAAUUUUACCUGCAUGACCUAGAUCUGACUUUUCCCGGUGGUCAAAUAAGUACAUUUAUUUUUGUCCAAGUACUACAUUAUUGAGCAGGAAUAUUGGUGUGGGAUAAAUAGCCCUCUUGUCAUAAAUCAAGGUGCUUCUAUAACAGCUUUGAAAGGACUAUGAUCAGCUGCAUUUAGCAGAAUGCUGACAUACAGUACAGAGAUCUUCAGGCUACACUUCACACACACUUUUUGUUCUUCAUGUUGAGUGUCAGAACAUUCAGGAAGUUCAACAUCAUAAGCACAGUGUUAUUUUUACAUUAAACAAUAUAACUUUUUUCAUUUUUAUCCAUUUUAAAAAUAUUCAGCUUAUUCUCCUUGACAGAGGACCAACUGUCCUGGGGCGCGCGCACACACACACACACACACACACACACACACACACACACACACAAAAGAAAACAAUUCUGUUUGACUUAACCUCGUUUCACAACCUCAUUUAACUCAUGUCAUCUCACAGAGACCUUUACAAUUAAGCAAAAUAAAGUCAUGGAUUCAAGUGCUGGUCAGAUGAUCAGGGAUGUGCUUAUGAUAUAACCAGGGGGUUUAGGUACUACUGAAAUGAAUGGGAACAGGUAACAAACAGGUGAGAAGCUUAUGACACAUAGGUCAAGGUGAUAAUAGAGGAGGAGGAUGUAGGAACUGACAAUAGUGACUCAAUAUGAUUGUUUCUUUUGUUUUAGCAGGUUGAGAUUUGAAUGAGAAGG